AUGACCUCUGCCGCUUACGCUUCCAUCAAGCUUUUUGCAGGUACUUCACAUCCUGAACUCGCACAUCUCAUAGCAAAACGAUUAGGUAUACCAUUAGCACGUGCAACAAUCUUACAACCACCCUCUGGCGAGACAAAAGUAACAAUCACAGAGAGCGUAAGGGAUUAUGAUGUUUAUAUACUCAACACUGGUGCCGGAGCUGUGAACACAUCAUUGAUGGAAUUAUGCAUCAUGAUACAUGCUUGCAAGAUCGCUUCGGCUCGUCGUAUAACAGCUAUCAUACCGCAUUUCCCUUACGCUCGACAAGACAAGAAAGAUAAAUCUCGUGCACCAAUAACGGCUAAAUUAGUCGCCAACAUGCUCCGUGAAGCCGGUUGUGAUCAUGUCAUCACUAUGGACCUUCACGCUUCGCAAAUCCAAGGUUUCUUUGAUGUUCCGGUGGAUAAUUUAUAUGCGGAACCUAGUAUGGUGCAUUAUAUCAGGAAUAAUAUCGAUGUGAAGAAUUGUGUCAUCGUCUCUCCAGAUGCUGGGGGAGCUAAGCGGGCUACAUCCAUAGCCGACAGACUAAACGUCGAAUUCGCUUUAUUCCAUAAAGAACGUAAAAAAGCAAAUGAAGUUUCCCGUAUGGUCCUAGUCGGAUCAGUCACUGGUAAAGUAGCAAUAUUGGUAGAUGACAUGGCGGAUACAUGUGGUACUUUAGGUCUAGCAGCUCGGAAUUUAUUAGAAGCUGGAGCUACUAGAGUUUUCGCUUUCGUAACUCAUGGUAUCCUAAGUGGACCAGCUAUAAAGGUCAUCAACGAAAGUGGAAUGGAAAAGUUGGUAGUUACCAAUACUAUACCUUUGGCGGAUAAACAAUCGGAAUGUGGGAAGAUUGAAGUUAUUGAUGUUAGUCAUGUGUUGGCGGAGACUAUUCGUAGGAGUCAUUUUGGGGAGUCUGUGUCAUAUCUCUUCCACGAAGUUCCUUUCACCAACGGUACUGAGUAA